AUGUCGCUGGUUUGCAGCAUAUCGAAUGAAGUGCCGGAACAUCCGUGCAUAUCGCCGAAAUCAGGUGCAAUUUUCGAACGCCGGCUUAUUGAAAAGUACAUCGUUGAAAAUGAGUGCGACCCGAUCAACGGUCAGCCUUUGACUGCAGAAGAAUUGAUAGACGUGAAAACUCCUCCAAUUGUGCGACCGAAACCACCGAGUGCUACCAGUAUUCCAGCCACUCUUAAAACCAUGCAAGAUGAAUGGGAUGCGCUAAUGCUGCAUUCGUUCACCCAACGUCAGCAGCUACAAACGGCCCGUCAAGAGUUGUCUCACGCGCUCUAUCAGCAUGACGCCGCCUGCCGUGUAAUUGCCCGUCUCAACAAAGAAGUAGCCGCUGCUCGAGAAGCUUUGGCUACGCUAAAGCCGCAAACUGGCAUUUCUGCAAUUCAAACAGCUCCGCAACCAUCUAUUGCUUCGGAAGCCGCUGGAGUGGCUUCUCAGCCUGUGGAACAGGCGGGUAUGAGCGCGGAAGUUAUUCAAAUGCUACAAGACAAAGCCACCGUUUUAACACAAGAGCGUAAGAAAAAAGGACGAACCGUUCCUGAGGAGCUCGUCAGUCAGGAGAAGCUUCGUGGGUUCCUCACAUUGGCCUCUCAUCCGGGAUUGCAUUCUGCAAGCGUUCCAGGUAUUUUAGCACUUGAUAUUAACCAUUCCGAUCAGAGCAAAAUUCUUACCGGCGGAAACGACAAGAAUGCGACCGUGUUCAAUAAGGAUACUGAACAGAUCGUUGCCGUGCUAAAGGGUCACACAAAAAAAGUGACGAAAGUAAUUUUCCAUCCGGAAGAAGAUACGGUAAUUACAGCCUCUCCUGAUGCAAGCAUACGUGUCUGGCACGUCCCCACAUCUCAAACACAAUUACUGUUGAGAUGUCACGACGGUCCCGUUACUGGACUAUCGUUGCAUCCAACGGGUGAUUACGUGCUAUCUACGUCAUCCGACAAGCAUUGGGCGUUCUCUGACAUACGCUCCGGUCGGUUGCUCACGAAGGUUGCGGAUACAGCCGAAUUUGGACUUACAUCUGCUCAGUUUCACCCGGAUGGACUUAUUUUUGGUACCGGAACGGAGGAUUCGCAAGUAAAGAUCUGGGAUUUGAAAGAGCAGAGCAACGUUGCAAAUUUCGCAGGUCAUACUGGGCCUAUCACAGCCAUAUCCUUUUCUGAAAACGGUUACUAUUUAGCUACCGCUGCAGACGAUGCAUGCGUCAAGUUGUGGGAUUUGCGAAAGCUGAAAAAUUUCAAAACCAUCCAGCUGGAAGACGGUUAUGAGGUAAAAGAUUUGUGUUUCGACCAAAGCGGAACAUAUCUUUCCAUGGCCGGCACAGACAUACGUGUCUACCUCUGCAAACAAUGGCAAGAAUUGAAAGUGUUCAAUGAUCACACAGCGUUGGCAACGGGUGUAAGAUUCGGAAAACACGCACAGUAUAUAGCUUCAACGAGCAUGGAUCGCACGUUGAAGUUGUACGGUAUUGAAUAAGGAGCAACAGAUUUAGAAAUAUUCAUAUACUAAUAAUACCCUGUAACGUACGAAGA